AUGCCCCGCCCCUGGCUGCCGGCGUCCGGCUUCAGGAUGAAAGUGGAAAGCGGGGCGCUGCGCCCCGGCCGCUCGUUUUCGUCCAGCGCCGCCAGCAGGGCCGGCAGCUGCUCUGGAAGCAGCAGGGUGCGCGGCAUGAAGUCGUAUCGCUCCGGCAUGACCUGGGCGAGCCUGGCCAGGUUGCGCGCCAGCCCCUUCUUUCGCGUCAGCUCGGCCAUGCCGGGCAGGUGGUUGCUACACUGCGGGGGAGGGAAUGUGAGAGUGUUGAGAGGGCAUGGGCAUGUCCAAUUCUGGUGA